AAACAAAAUCCCAUAAAACUCAUCCAAAUAUCAAUAAAAUCAAAGUAAAAAUUCCCUAUUAAUAUAUAUAUAAAUUUAGCUCAUCAGUUACAUUGGAGAGAAGUUUCCCUUAUGCAUGGAGAAGGGUGUCAAUUUCUCUGGUGAUUCAUUUGUAUUCAAUAAUCUGUUGAAAUUUAAAUUAUGGGGUUGUGAUGAAUCAAGUUUUAUCUUUAACAGAAGCAACAUUGCAAGUAGUAGCCAUGGUGCAGGCGAAGCAAUCACAAUGUUCCCUGCUGUGAAAAAUCUCAUUAUAGAGCUAGUGGAAUUCCUAGGACUCGAACUUCCUCCCAUCCACCCCAACAUCUCCAUUGAAUCUAUUAGUUUGACGGGAUGGGAUAAACUAAAGUCUCUGCCACAUCAACUACAACACUUUACUGCCCUGAAAGAAUUAAGGAUACAGAAUUUCAACGGAGUGGAAGCUUUUCCAGAUUGGUUGAGAGGCCUCUCUUCUCUUAAUGCUUUAAGCAUUACGUCGUGUAACAAAUUAAAGAGAAUUCCAGAAGAGUGCCUAGGUAGGCUUACCUGCUUGAAGGAGUUACGCCUUGGUCCUUUCUCAUUAGAGUUGGAGGAUAUCCCAGGACUCACUUCCAUCCAUCACCUCCACGCCUCCCUCAAUUAUUUGACUUCGUAUGGAUGGGAUAAACUAAAGCUACUGCCACAUCAGCUUCGACAUCUUACUGCCCUCAAGCAAUUGAUUGUAAUGGAGUUCAAUGAAGUGGAAGCUAUACCAGAGUGGUUAGAACUUAGAAGACCUCUCUUCUCUAUAGGAUCUUAAGAUUAUUGAUUAUGAUAAUUUGAGGCAUCUGCCUUCUGUUAAAGCCAUGCAUCGUCUCUCCAACUUACAACAUCUUCAUAUUCAUAAUUGUUCCAAAUUAAAUGAAAGAUGCGCUA